AUGGAGAUCCAGGAGCCCGUUUUAAGCGUCGGCAGCCGUUUGUUUUCUCCUGGCGACAUCAUAAUGUCAUGUAGUCCGCUGGUGUGGGUCCUCGAGCGCGCCGCAUACAAAACACACUGCGCUUAUUGCUUCCAUGAUAACCAGGCACUGCGCAAAUGCUCGGGAUGUCAGGUGCAUCACUACUGUAACGCCACUUGUCAGGUCGCCGACUGGAAGAUGGAGCAUAAGCUGGAAUGCGCAGCGUUGAGAGAGAUUAUCGGUAGGGACGAAGACGUCGCCCCCAUGACGAUGGUUAGCGGACCUUUGGGUAGAAUUAAAUCGAACACCUUUACCAUGACUAAAGGCGCCUUUACCGAUAUGAUGUGCAAGUUGGAUUUCAAACUUCAGAGGAACGUGGUAAUAGAUAUCCCCGGGAUAGGUCCGAAAUGUGCCAGAGAACUUCUGCUCAUGCUGCCCACAAAUCCCGCGCAACGGGAAAUCGAGAGCAUUAUGCAGUUAAACUCAGAUACGUCUAUCUGGCCGGAAAAUAUGAUACCCCGCAAAGACACGCUGCUCUACUACGGUAUUAUCAGUUACAACGCGUGGCCUGUGUACAAUGCGAUGACCGGCAGCACCAAAGCCCCGAUCGGUUUCGCUUUGUAUCCACAAGCGUCGCGGCGCAAAAUGACGCCAGUAUGCUGGGAUGUCAAUGUUGUGGCCAACUGCCGCAGCCGACAGUUAGUGCUACAUGCCGUGCAAGAUAUUCCGCGUUUUACCGGACUGCAGGAUUUCCGAUAUUGCGAACUCCUGGAGCCAUCUCGCCAAACAAGAACGGAACGUAGCGAUGAAUUUCAGAAGCGUUACGGUUACCCGUGUCCUUGCCGCAGCUGCACGGAAGAAUAUGAUGCUGACAUCAAUCCGUUACAAUGUGUGACCAGCGGAUGCACCAAUCGGAUUCCGAGCGACAGCCGAGCACUGACAGCCUGCUCGGAAUGCGGUGCCCUCAACGGUGAACGAUUGGCUCAAUUCCGGGGUUUGGUGCAGAAGUACGAGGGUUUGAAGUGGUGCUGCAAUAGGAAUCCCAAUACGUGGAUAGACUGCGUCACGAAUCUCGUCCAGGAACUGGAUAUGGCGGGCAUCCUGCAGACAGAUGCGCAUUUCCGCUUCGUCUGCGGCUGGAUUUUACCGCGCAAGUAUUUCAAGGAAAACCGUUUAGAAGAUGGCUGGAAGAUGAUGGAGAAGUUGACUAUCUCUGUUCGGAGGAUGUAUCCAAAAUAUGAUCUUUUUCGCUAUCUUCAACUAACGGACCAGGCAACGUCUUCCUCUAUAGCGCUGCACAGACGAGUGAUGAAUUGGGUUGAUCAGCUAUUGGAAGCAGAACUGGGAUUGGGAGGACCGCGACCGGGGAAAAUAGAAACGGAGGGACAGCGACCGACGAAAAAGGAACUGGAAGCAUUAACUGCUCACAUAAGUUGUCCGGUCCUCCGUUACUGUCAAGGGGCCAAAGAAAUCGUUGUUGUUUUGUUUGGUGACAAGUCGAAGGAGGUUCAGAAAGCCGAUACUGUACUGGAAGGAGUGGCUGCACUUUUUGGUCAAAUCGAGCAGAUUUUCGCGAGAGUUGGUCAAAAUAAAUUUGAAUUAUGA